AUGGGGCCGAGUGGCGCAGCCGCGGUGGCCGUGGGGCUGUGGGUCUUGGUGACGGUGGGCGUGGCGGCGGACCCCGAAGUGGUGGAGCCUCCGCGCCGCCUCCUCUCACACUACCGCUCCCUGGACCCCCGGGCGCUGCUGGCCAUCAAGGCACUGAGGGACCGCUAUGAGGAAGAGACGCUGAGCUGGAGGCCGCGCAACUGCUCGUUCCGCCGGAGGAGGGACCCUCCGCGGCCUUCCUCCCGUGCGCUGCUCCGCCAGGUGGCCCGCGGCCUCGCCGACGCCCAAGACGUGCUGAGCAGCCUGCCGAGCCCCGAGCUGUUCCCCGGCGUCGGCCCGACCCUGGAGCUGCUGGCGGCCGCGGGGCGGGACGUGGCGGCCUGCAUCCGGGCUUUGGUCUGCGGCUGGGAGGGUGAGGGGCGGAGUCACCUGGGAGGGGAGGCUCGGUUCCCCGCCGCCUGCAUUGACCUCCUGUUCUCCCUCCAGCUCGAGCUGGUCCGGCCAGGCUCCCGGAGGAAGUCCCUGCGGCGGCCCGGGAGGCGUCCCCAAACUCGCACAGCUGGUUCGCCUCGGUGCCACGAAGCCACCGUCAUCUUCAACCUCCUGCGCCUGCUCGCGUGGGACCUGCGGCUGGUGGCGCACUCGGGUCCUUGUCUGUGA